CCCAAAACCCUGUCGCUUUUGCCAAAAACCCUAAAUUCGUCUCUGCUUCACUGAAACACAGAAGAGUGGCCAUCUUUCCUUCUCCGCUCCAGUGGACACCAUGAGAAAGCCCAAAUCCAAGUUCUUCCGCAAGCAGAACCGACUCUCGGAGGUCAACGAAAUCGACCUUCUCAACUCAUGGAUCGAAUCGCAGAAGCCGGAAUCCGGCUCCAACCCAUUAGCUCUUCCUCCUCUUCGCUCCGGCGAACCCGUUGGCCGACUCGACGGAGCGGCGUCGUUCUCGCGCUACUCGGGGGUCACCAUGUUCGACCAGUUGCCUAUUUCUCAGAAGACGAAGGAUGGUUUGAAGGAGUCCAAAUACAUUAAGAUGACUGACAUUCAGAGGGCGGCUUUGCCUCACGCACUCUGCGGUAGGGACAUUCUCGGUGCGGCGAAAACGGGUUCUGGGAAAACUCUUGCGUUUAUUAUACCGGUUUUGGAGAAACUGUUCCGAGAGAGAUAUAACCGCGAGGAUGGAGUUGGCAGCAUUAUUCUGUCUCCCACAAGGGAAUUAGCUAAUCAAACUUUUGAUGUAUUAAGAUCAGUUGGAAGGCACCAUAAUUUUAGUGCUGGUCUUCUAAUUGGUGGUCACAAAGAUGUAGACAUGGAGAAAGAGCAUGUGAAUGAUAUGAAUAUAUUGGUCUGCACUCCUGGACGUCUUCUGCAGCACAUGGAUCAGACUGUAAAUUUUGAUUGCUCACAACUUCAGGUUUUGAUCCUUGAUGAGGCAGACCGCAUUCUUGAUGUGGGUUUUAAGAAAGCUGUAAAUGCGAUCAUUUCGCAGCUGCCAAAGAAAAGGCAAACCUUUCUCUUCUCUGCAACUCAAACAAAAUCUGUUCAAGACCUUGCAAGACUCAGUUUAAAGGAUCCAGAGUACCUCAGUGUGCAUGAGGAGUCUGAUACAGCCACUCCUACAAGUUUGAACCAACGGGCAACUAUUGUUCCUCUAGACCAAAAGUUGGACAUGUUGUGGAGUUUCAUAAAGUCAAAUCUUAACUCCAAGAUCUUAGUGUUCUUCGCUAGUCGCAAACAGGUAACAUUUGUCUUUGAAGCAUUCAAAAAGCUCCGUCCUGGAAUACCCUUGAAGUGCCUUCAUGGAAAAAUGAAGCAGAUAAAAAGAAUGGCUAUAUAUUCACAUUUCUGUGAGGAAAAACGAUCCAUUCUAUUCUGCACUGAUGUAGGUUCAAGAGGCCUUGAUUUUAACAAGGCUGUUAACUGGGUUGUUCAGGUGGAUUGCCCAGAUGACAUAAAAACAUACAUACACAGAGUUGGACGGACAGCUCGUUAUGAGUCAUGCGGGAAAUCAGUUAUGUUUCUUUUGCCCUCGGAAACAAUAAUGCUCGAUAAAUUGCGAGAAGAGAAAAUACCCAUAAAAACGUAUAAGGUAAAACAAGAGAGACUGCAACCAGUUUCAGGGCUGUUGGCGGCUUUGCUAGUCAAGUAUCCAGAGUUGCAGUCUAAAGCUCAAAGGGCUGUUACAACAUAUGUACGGUCUAUUCUUAAAAAUAGGGACAAAGAGAUUUUUGAUGUGAUGAAAUUGCCUAUUGAUCAGUUUUCAGCAUCACUUGGUCUUCCAUUAACUCCAAAACUGCGUUUUCUAAAUCAAAAAAUCAAGAAAGAGAAAAUAUUAGGAAAACCUUCUGUUAUUGAACCAGAAGAUUCUACUGAUGAUGAGGAGGAUGAAUUGGAUCGUCCUGGAGAAGAACUUGAUAUUGGUGAAUUCAAGACAAAGGAAGUGGAUACCGAUGUGCUUCUCAUAGACAACACCACAAAUGAGGAUGGUUCAGCAAGCAAAAUUGCAGAUGUCAUACCAGCAACUCGAGUUUUGAAGAAAAAGAAGUUGAAGAUCAAUGUCCAUCGACCGGUGGGAACCAGAGUUGUCUUUGAUGAGGAGGGCAACACACUACCUCCACUUGCAAGGGUAGCUAACAUGAAGAAUGGUGGUGAUUCAGCACUGCUUGAUCAGGAAAAGAAGAAAGAAUUUUACAAAAAUUUGAGGGAAGAGAUGAAGCUUGCAGACAAGGAAGACAAGCUUCUCGAACGCCACCGUCUCCAAGAAAAGAGAACCAAGGAGAAGAUGAAGAGAAAGGGUAGAAUGGAAGAGGAAGAAGAAGAUGGCGAGGACUCUGAUGAAGACGACUCUGGGAAGAAGGGUGCUAAAAGAUCAAAGAAGUACUUCGAUAGCGAAAGUGAUGGAGAAGAAAAUGAGGGUAAAGCUGUUAUUAACACUGACUCAAUAUCUUUACAGGAGCAAGAAGCUUUGGCUCUCAAAUUGCUAAGCUCCAUGAACAAAAUUUAAGAGUGAAACAUGGAUUGGUAAAACCUAACUCUGCCCAAUCCAACCAAUUUUGUCAACAUGAAUUUACCUUUUGAGUUGUACCAUUUGAAUUUUGUUAAUAUACUUAAUUUGUUAAUUAAAGUUUUUAUAAUUAAUAGAAAGUUCUUUGAUACGGACAAGUUGUAUCUUCCUUUUAGUAAAAUAGAAAGAUGAGUGUUCAAGUUUGCUUUUCA